AUGCUCAGGACGGUGGGUUCCAGCCACACGCUGGAGCUGCGGGAGCAGGAGCGAGAAUGGGAGCGGGAGCAAGAAUGGGGAGCAAGAUCAAGAACAGGAGCAGUAGUGGCAGUAAUAUCAGCAGCUGUGUUAGCAGCCACAGCAGUAGGAGCAGCGAUAGCAGUAGCAGUGGCACCAGUGGUAUCAGUGGUGCCAGUAGCAGUGGUAGCAGUGGUAGCAGUGGUACCAGUCACAGUGGUAGCAGUCACAGUGGUACCAGAGGCAGUUAGCAGCGACAGCGGCAGCUGUGGUACCAGUACCAGUAGUGACAGAAGCAGUAGUGAUAGCAGUAGCAGUUAUAGGAGCAGUAGGAGAAGCAGCAGCAGCCACGGUGUUAGUGGGAGCAGUGGGAGGAGAAGUAGCGAUAGCAGUAGUGGUUCUAGCAAAAGCAGUGGGAGCAGCAGCGAUAGAAGCAGCAGUGAGAGCAGCAGUGAGAGCAGUAGCGGUAGCAGCAGCGAUAGCAGCAGCAGUAGCAGUAGCGAUAGCAGCAGUGAUAGCAGCAGCAGCAGCAGUGAUAGCAACAGUGAUAGCCGCAGCGAGAGCAGCAGCAGUAGGAGCAGCAGUGACAGCAGUAGCAGCGAUAGAAGAAGCAGUAGAAGCAGCGGCAGCCGUGGUACCAAUAGCAAAGGACGCAGCAGCUGCAGCAGUGAGAGCAGGACUAUCAGCUAUAGCAGCAGCAGCGGGUGGGCAGAGCGAGUUGACGUCCUGCAGGGCCAGCUGCUCCCGGCGCGGGGGAUGCGUGAGAAACGCAAGGGACCAGCACCGCAUCUCCCGGUGCUGAGGAUGCAGGAGACCCGAAAAGGGACCAGCGUCACGUCUCCCUGUGCAAGGGAUGCGGGAGUCCCGCAGAGGGACUAG